CAACAAUCGACGCCGAGUUCGAGCCCAGAAGGUCCACAACACCAGGCAUGAAAAUAGAAGUACCGGGAAACUAUAGUUUAAUAUUUAUAAUUACAUUUAAAUAUCUUUCUCAGUACCUGUUUGACUCUGCGUUUUUUGCUAGCUAAACAGCACCAUGUUUAUCUCUUCACAAAACUUGCCGCCCUCCUUCAAGGGUUUCACCCUCGUCAUGCCGGCAGUGGCUGUUGGUAAUGUAGGCCAGCUGGCUGUGGACCUCGUGGUGUCCACCCUCAACAUGAGCAGAGCGGGCCACAUACACACAGACUGUCUCAUCCCCAUGGCUGGGAACAACCCGUACGCCACCUGUAAAGAGGAAGCGGAGGAGCUGCACACCCCUGCAGAAGUUUACACAGCAGCAGAACUGAAGUUAGCAGUUCUUCAAAUCAGGGCGCCAAUUAUUCAGACAAAAUCCAAAAAGUUCCGUCAGCUGCUCGUGUCUUGGAUCAAAGCCAGCGGGUUCUCCAGGACCGUAGUUCUGUCCAGCAGCCACGCCUACCAGAGGGACGACCAACAGCUGCAAGGCACUCCUUUGAGGUACCUGGUCACUCCGUCCCUGCUGAAGGUGAGUGCGGACGCGUUGAAAGAGCUAGGCUGGAAGGAGAUGGAGCGAGUGGCGGCCUUCCCAGGACUGACCGACGCCAACACAGAGCCGCGCCUCUACAUCCCUGGAGGAGGCAUAACCCAAGGACUCUUCACAGACAGCUGUGCGGAGGAUCUCCCGCUGGCUGUGCUGCUGCUCUUCUGUUCAGAGGGCGACAACAUCCCAGACGCCUUCACGCUUGUCAACCACCUCAACGCCUGGCUCCAUCUGCUGGACAAUCCUAGCCAAGAGCCCAACAAAUGGAAGAUCCCAACUUCUUGGAGUCUUCUGUUUGGCAGCGGCAUCCCUCCAGCACUGUUCUGAUACACACACACACACACACACACAUACAUAUUUAGAUUUUGCUAUUUAUAGCUCAUAAUUAGCUUCUGGGGAAUGCAGCAAAUUCAAGACCCGGAAAACUCACAAAUGAUUUCUUUGAUGUCUGUGCCAUGACACCUUUGCAUUUUUCAGACCGUUGUGAACUCUUCAGUGGGGUAAAAUCUGGUUAAUUAAGAGGAUGGCUUUUUGUGUCCUAAACUGAUAAUACUGAAGGCCACUUUCAGCUAUUAAACAAUGUAGUAUGUUGAAUUUACCUUGCCUGAACAUAAAACAUGGUUGUAAACUGACCACACAAGAACCCUCCCACUCCUGGAAAUGUAUUGCAGUUUCCUUUUAAUUUGAUAAUAAUCUUAAAAUGUACAAACAUAACAUCAUGUACAGGACCCAAACAUGCACUUAUGGACCACUAUUUCCUAGUAUUGUAGCAUCUGAAUGUUGACUGUUUUUUCCAAUAAAAGAUUGUUACUAGAUUGUU